AUGGAAGCCAGCAGCCAUCAACACAACUCUUCCUCCACCUUCUUCCUUCCAUGGCUGAUCUCCAACCUCCCACUCCUCCUCCUCACUUUCACCACCAUCCUAUUCCUCCUAAAACACUACAAACGACCCAAAAAGCCCACCACCACCACCGCCCUCCCGCCGCCGCCGCCGGGGCCACGGAAGCUCCCCAUCAUCGGAAACCUCCACCAGCUGGCCCUCAACGGCGGCCACUCUCACCCCCACCGCCGCCUCGCCGAGCUGGCGCGCCGCCACGGCCCCGACGUCAUGCACCUCCAGCUCGGCCAGCUCUCCCACGUCAUCAUCUCCACCCCUGAAGCCGCCAAACAGGUCAUGAAAACCCACGACUUCGCCUUCGCCUCCAGGCCUUUCCUCCUGGCGCCGUCCGUCCUCUACGGCGGCUGCAACGACGUCGCUUUCGCGCCCUACGGCCACCACUGGCGCCAGCUCCGCAAGAUCUGCACCCUGGAGCUGCUCAGCACCAAGCGCGUCCAGUCCUUCCGCUGGAUCAGGGGACAGGAGGUGGACAAGCUCGUACUUGAUCUCCGCCGCGCUUCGGCGGAUGCUAGUGGUGUGGUGGAUCUUAGUCGGAUGGUGGAGAAGCUGUCGGCGGCGGUGAUUUCCAGGGCGUUGUUCGGGACGAUUCGGGGGCUGAACCAGGCGUUUCUGACGGUUGCUGACAACAUAUCGGAUGUCCUGUCAGGUUUCAGGAUGUCGGACUUGUAUCCUUCGCUUACAUUUCUUCCCGUCCUGUCCGGGUUCGAAGGGAAGCUCAAGAGUAUGCGUGAGGGUGCGAGCUCGAUUCUCGACGCGAUCAUCGACGAGAGGAGAUCGAAGAGAUCGUCGUCGAGGUCGAGCAGGGAAGGUGGUGAGGAGGAAGAGGAAGAGGACUACCUGGUCGAUGUUCUCCUGAAAAUUCAGGAGAAUCCCGACCAGGUUGGAUUGACCGUGACUACGGAGAUCAUAAAGGCGGUAACUCUGGAGUUGUUCCUGGCCGGCGGUCACACGUCGGCCAACCUGAUCGAAUGGACCAUGUCGGAAAUGAUGAAACAGCCUAGAGUGAUGCAGAAGGCGCAAGAUGAGGUCAGGCAGGCGUUCGACGAGAAGGGCGACGUGGACGAGGUGGGACUGCACGGGUUGGAGUAUUUGGACUGUGUUGUGAAAGAAGGUUUGAGGUUGCACCCUCCGGGUCCUCUGCUUCUUCCGCGGGAGAGCAGGGAGGAUGCGAAACUCUGUGGCUACAUGGUCCCGGUGGGGACGAAAGUCGUAGUGAAUGCCUGGGCGAUCGGUCGUGAUCCUCGUUACUGGUCAGACGCGGAGGAGUUUUACCCUGAGAGGUUCGUGGACUGCUCGAUCGAUUACAAGGGGAACGAUUUCCAGUUCGUCCCGUUCGGGGCUGGAAGGAGGAUGUGUCCAGGAUACGGGUUCGGAAUAGAGGUAGUGAAGCUGACUCUGGCGAACCUGCUGUUUCAUUUUAGCUGGAGGCUCCCCGGAGAUUCGAGACCGGAGAGCCUCGACAUGACGGAAACCGUCGGGGCGUCGAUUGCGAGGAAGUAUCCACUGCGUGUGAUUCCAGUUCCAUAUAGACCCUGA